AUGUUGCGAGUGACUGGCGCGCUGUGCGCUAUGACUCGGGCGACGGCGAUGACGAUGGUGGGUGGAAGGACGGGUGCUGGCAAACUGCGGGCGCUGAGCUCGGGAGAGGUGGCCGGCGGGGCAGACGGCGAUGGCGGUGGGGAGAUCGUCCAAGUGUUCAGCAACCACGCGCCGCAGUUGGUGCAAGCGGCGUCGAUUGGCUCGGUCUUCUUUGCCGGCUCGAUGCUAUUCACUGGCGCGACAGUGUACGAGUACUUUACGCUCGACGUGACUGGUGGGCUACUCGCGCCCGAUUCGGUGCGGACGGUGAUGGCGGGCGUGUUUGGCCUGGCCGGGAUCGGUGGUGGGUACGCCGGGCGGACGUUUGUCAGCCGGUACGUGGCCGAGCUCGCGUUCAACGCGGCAACCGAUGAGGUCAUUCUUGUCGUGGGCGUCCGCGAGUCUGCGGACGGCUCCGUCUCCAAGUGGCUCCCGAUCAAGGCUGCCGGUGACAAGUCGUACUACGUCCUCGACAUUGAUCGCGGCACUGUGCGCGAUGAGCGGCUUAUGGAGCUGCUGCUUCAGGCCGACGAUGGGCGGCGAGGAUAAACAAAAUGGGGCC